AUGGUUCCCAAGACACAGGAGGAGAAGAUGCGGUCAUCCAACGACCUCUACACGCCCCGCUGGGUCCGAGGCGAUGGCACGGCGCGCGAGGCGUGGUGCAGCCUCUGUGAGCCAGGCAAGUGGAUGCAGCUCAAGACUAGCCAGUACUGGUACCACGUCCGAGGCACCCACGGCGUCAACAGUGUCACGGGCAAGAUCUACGACCCGCCCCUGCAGCUGCGGUGCUACGACGAUGCGGCGGGCACCACGUUGGGCCUGUGCGGCGAGUGCAACAAAUGGGUGGCCAUCUGCACGGCAAAGAGGAAGCGGACGUUUGCUGCUUGGUUCAAGCACGCACACAAG